UACUUCCGUUAUGUAACAGUUGUAAACAAAAACAUGCACCCUUUUCGCUGUUUCUUAAAAUAUACAAUAAUUUGUAUGUUGUAACUUAUUUUCGAUAUCCAUAUCAGUCUACUGUUUCUCUGGGUAAAUGCUAAAAUCUUUGUCUGUGUUGAAAAAUGGAGGACGAACAAUCCACAGAGAAUUAAUGACCGACAUCGGACUACGGCCUCGGAGAGAAAAUCGUGUUAACUGCUGCUCAAAAUUAGGCAUCAAAUCAAGAUUUCUUACACUUUGUGCCCCUGUGAUUAGAUAUAUUUCAACAAUGGCUAAAUUGGAAACUUUAAAUUUUGAUAAUCUGGCUCUGCGAUCCCUUCCGAUCGAUCCUAAUAAGGAAAUCAGGCCGAGACAAGUCUCCGGUGCCUGUUUUUCUAAAGUUAAACCCAUACCAGUGAAAAAUCCUGUCCUUGUAGCAUAUUCUGCCUCGGCAAUGGAACUCUUAGACUUAUCCCAAGAAGAACUGGACAGAACCGACUUCGCUGAAUAUUUCAGCGGUAACAAAUUACUACCACGAUCAGAUCCAGCAGCUCACUGUUACUGUGGACAUCAGUUUGGAUAUUUCUCAGGACAGUUAGGAGACGGAGCAACGAUGUAUUUAGGCGAAGUUGUAAAUAAGAAGAGUGAAAGAUGGGAAAUACAGUUUAAAGGUGCAGGUUUAACACCUUAUAGUAGAACGGCUGAUGGUAGAAAAGUUUUACGUAGUAGCAUCAGAGAAUUUCUCUGUAGUGAGGCUAUACAUCAUCUAGGCAUACCAACAACGCGUGCUGGUACGUGUAUAACAUCAGAUUCUAAAGUUAUAAGAGAUAUAUUUUAUGAUGGCCAUCCCAUAGAAGAAAGAUGUACAAUCAUCCUAAGAAUAGCUCCAACAUUUAUCAGAUUUGGUUCUUUUGAAAUCUUCAAACCCAUGGACCCAGAGACUGGACGUGCUGGACCAAGUGUUGGUCGUAAAGACGUGCUUGUCCAGUUACUAGAUUAUACAGCCAAAACAUUUUAUCCUGAGAUAUGGAGUGAAUAUGAAUCGGAUAAACAGAAGGUUUAUAUAGAAAUGUACAAGGAGAUUAUUAGACGUACAGCUAGAUUAGUUGUUGAAUGGCAGGCUGUUGGUUGGUGUCAUGGGGUAUUAAAUACAGACAAUAUGAGUAUAUUAGGAUUAACUAUAGAUUAUGUUAUAGGAUAUUAA